GGGAGCAGCGAGCGCAUGGAGCGAGGCGGGCUGCCGGGAGAAGUCACGGGAGCCAGCGCCUCGCCUCUGUUGGACUUGCGAAUGGAUGUUUCUCGGGAGGAGCUGGCUCUGCCCUGUGGGGUUCAGCAUCUGUCUGCCACGGGUAUCUCUGAGAUACCCAGGAACCGAAGACUGGCCUCUCUUCCUCUAAAGAAGCAGUUGCCUCUGUGAUUAAUUCCCAAUGUAGUUUUGGUACAGAUUUGUUGUUGGAAUUGUUAAAGAUGUCAUCAGGCCUUACAGAGGAGCAAAAGAGAAGGAUUGAAGAGAACCGCCGGCUGGCUUUGGCUAGGAGAGCAGAGAGGCUGGCAGCCCAGGGAGCUGGGCACGUGGGCAUCGCUGCACCUCCGCAGAAAGGGCAGAGUCUGGGCAAUCCGGGAAGCUUCAAGGAAGAAAAUCAUGUCGGGUUCACUGGCCAGCACCGACAGAAUCCAAACACGCCUGUGGAGCAGAGGAGCUGUCUCCAGAAAGGCUACAACCAUUACACAGCAAACCAACAGAUGGCUGGCUCACACAGAGAGCAGCAAAACAGUUGUUCAGAGGACUCUGAACAAGCAAGUGGCCUAAAGCAGUUCCCUGCAAUGAUCCCAAAUUCUAUGACUUAUUCCCAUAAACAGUACUUGGAUGCUGGUAGUCAGGAACAUGGACAACACACUUCAAUUAAUCAUGGAACAUUCCAGCAGCCCAAAUGCUGCCCAGCUUUCAAAAACCCCACAGGACCACCUCAUCCAAGAGUCACUGAUAAUGGGCACCCUGAUGGCAGUAAAGAUUUACAAACUCAGAACAAAUCUGCCAUUAAAUAUGUUUCACCACCAAGCAGUGCCGCCCUGAGCAAUUCAGAAAUGCUGAUAAACAUAAACAGACCGACAGAAAGAACAGGGGGAGGUUUUGUCCCUCAGGCCAGUGGUGGCAUGCAGAAGCUGACCAGCUCUGCUGGUGUGGCCUCUACCUGUGAAACUCACAAGAAAGCAAACGUUACAAAAGGAAAAUGUGUGAAAUAUGGGGAAGACCGAUUCCAGGUUGAAAUAGGCUACAAUGCUGAACUUAUUGCUGUGUUUAAGAAGGUACCAAGCAAAGCCUAUGAUCCUGCUAUGAAAAAAUGGAAUUUCAGCAUGGAAGAUUACAGCAGUGUCUUGGAAGCAGCAAAUCAACUUUCAUCAGUAAUUCUGGCACCACUGGAAGGAAAAAAUGUGGUUGGCUUGGCAUCAGGCUCUCAUUUUGUUGGCAGUGGGGUUGAUGUGAAAUCCCUCUUGAAGAUGUGUAAGAACUGGAAGAAAUCCUCAGCCCUUGUCAAAGGGAAGUGUGUGCUUAUCUCUCGCUUGCGAUUUGAGGUCGAUAUUGGGUAUUCUGCAGAAGUGAUUGAGGUUUUCAAAAAGAUGGAUUCCAGAAAUUAUGAUAUGAAUACCAGAAAGUGGAAUUUCCUGCUGGAGGAUUACCCCAAACUAAUGGAAGUGUUACUGAGCCUCAUGUCUGUAGAAGUGGAGCCACUGCCUGAAGCAGUAAUUAAGACCUUUGCUGCUCAACUGCAGAGAUCUCCAUCACUGACAGACAUUCCUGAUGCUGACCUUUCGGUUGUGGACUCCAAAAUUGUGACAAGCCUCAUGCCCUUUCAGCGGGAAGGUGUGAAUUUUGCAAUUUCCAGGAAUGGACGUUUGCUACUUGCAGAUGACAUGGGCCUGGGCAAGACCAUCCAGGCCAUCUGCAUUGCUGCCUAUUACCAGCAGGAAUGGCCCUUGCUGGUGGUCACUCCUUCUUCUGUGAGAUUUACAUGGGCACAGGCAUUUCACAGAUGGCUUCCAUCCUUGAGUCCCGAAAGCACCAAUGUCAUAGUGAGUGGGAAAGACAACCUAACAGGAAGCUUGAUCAACAUCAUCAGUUUUGAUCUCCUCAGCAGGAUGGACAAGCAACUUAAGAGCACAUUCCAAGUAGUUAUUGUUGAUGAGUCUCAUUUCCUGAAGAACACAAAAACUGCACGCUGCCAAGCUGCCAUGCCUCUACUCAAGGCUGCCAAGAGAGUGAUCCUGCUUUCGGGGACGCCGGCCAUGUCGCGGCCCGCGGAGCUCUACACGCAGAUCGCCGCUGUGCAGCCGACCUUCUUCCCACAGUUCCACUCCUUCGGGCUGCGCUACUGCGAUGCCAGGAAGAUGCCAUGGGGCUGGGAUUACUCUGGAUCAUCCAACUUAACGGAACUGAAAAUUUUGCUGGAAGAGUCCAUCAUGAUCCGACGUCUGAAAUCAGAUGUGCUUUCCCAGCUUCCAGCAAAGCAACGCAAAAUGGUCGUGGUGGCUCUUGAAGGCAUUAGUGCAAAGACCAAAGCUGCCUUGGCAGCUGAAGCAAAGAAGAUGGCCAAAGGAUAUGAAAGUAAACAACAGGAGAAGGAAGGCCUUCUCGUCUACUUCAGCAGAACAGCAGAAGCUAAAAUCCACUCAGUCGUAGAGUACAUCCUGGAGUUACUGGAAAGUGGGAAUAAUAAAUUCCUGGUGUUUGCGCAUCACAAGAUAAUGCUGGAUGCAGUAGCUGCAGAGCUGAAGAAGAAACACAUCGAGCACAUUCGCAUCGAUGGCUCCACAUCUUCAGCUGAGCGGCAGUCUCUGUGCCAGAAGUUCCAGUUGGCAGAGAAGCAUGCUGUGGCUGUCCUUUCCCUUACUGCUGCAAACAUGGGCCUGACACUGUGUGCUGCAGAUCUGGUGGUGUUUGCAGAGCUCUUCUGGAACCCAGGGAUUUUGAUCCAAGCAGAAGAUCGGGCACACCGAAUUGGCCAGACCAGCUCUGUUAAUGUUCACUACCUGGUGGCUAAAGGCACAGCAGAUGACUACUUAUGGCCAAUGAUUCAGGAGAAGAUCAAAGUGCUGGGUGAAGCUGGUCUUUCAGAAACCAAUUUCUCUGAAACAGCUGAGUCAACUAAUUACUGUCCUAAGACCGACCCAAAGCAGAAGACAAUCUACGACCUUUUCCAAAAGACCUUCUCUGAGAGCAGAGAUGAUGCUGAUGAUAUUUUGUUUUUGGAGGCAGCUGAUGCUGGCUGUGAGUUUGACUCUGGCAGUGCCUUGCAAGACAGAGAAGCGGAGACAUGUUCAGUGAGUCCGAAAAAAAAGCGGCGUAUUGAGGAAGUGUAAAUUGUGACAGCUAAAGAUGGCAGCUAAGAGAUAAUUUUUUUUAAUUAAAAAAGAAAAACCAAAAGCAAUCACAUACUAUUUUUUAAUUUUUUUGAAAAUAAAAAAUUUGAAGUUUUCUG